UGAUUAUACUACAUUGACCAUCAGGCAUUGCGACAGGAMGAGUGCUUCUUGGGUAAAGAGGAAGACAACAAACUCAGGGAAACACGUGGCCAGUCUGUGGUUUAGUGUAAAUCAUUUCUCGGGAAUUAUAUCACUGUAAUAUUGGUUGAAAAUUAACGAAAUGUAUCUGUCUAAGGAUCAGACCAAAAAAAACAAAGUCACUUGCAUAAGGAAUAGAGCAGAUGUUAUAUAUAACUUUAAAGUCUCCUUUUUCACUAUGAGUCAACUGUCAAAUUUCCCAUGGAAUUUCCUUGAAAGGGAGCUCGAGAAUGACAGCUCAUCAGAAAUUAUUCUAGACAUUCUAAAGCAGACAUGCCUUCAUCCACUGUGCUGUAAACAUCCUCCCUCAGUAAGAUAUAGGAGACUGUUUCUGUCUCAGCUCAUCAAAAGGCAUGAAGCCAGUGGGCGCGAGCCCCUGGAUGAGCUCUAUGAUGCACUGGGUGAAGUCCUGGGGGUAGAGGAGGGGACAGAGUGCUACAAGAGCUAUUUACUGCCGUGUGGAGAAGCAGUGAGUCUAUCAGAGAGUACAGCUGUGAUCUCUGAGGGAACAACAGGCCUGGUCACAUGGGAGGCUGCUCUUUACCUGGCUGAAUGGGCUCUGGAGAACACACACGUCUUCACUGACAGGUUGGUACACUACUCUGGGCUGGGUGUAGGGUUGACUGGUAUAGCAGUGUGUACCUGCUAUCCCAGCUACGUGUUCAGUGACUGUCACCUCAGCGUUCUACAUAGACUGAGGGACAAAAUCCAGCUCAAUGGGCUGGACAACCAGAAACUCUCCAGAGUGUGUGUGGAGCAUCUGCAUCUGGACUGGGAGGAGGUGACAGAGAAGCAGCUGAGAGAGAUCAGAGCCACCACGGUCAUCGCUGCAGGUAGGAACAUGGUCUGUCUCUAUUCAAUCCGUAAAGCUGAAGAUCCGCUUUAAAGGCAGUGUUCCCUC